CUCUUAUGCUGAUGCGUGCACUGAAACCUGGCUCUCCUCUCCUCUACCUUCUCUUCUCCAACGACCUGAGCUUUAGUUCACGUUCACGCUCACGCACAAACUACAAAGCCCACGGAGAUCUCAUCUAGCACUAGCACACAAGCUUCUUCUUCCUUCUUCAAUGGCGAUAGAGAGAGAUAGAUAAUAUUAGGGUUUUGGAUCUAUCACUCCGGACCGAGAGUGAGAGAGAGAUGGACGUGGAGAGGUCUUCGCUGUGCAAUUGCGUGGUGAACUUUCUGUUGGAGGAGAGGUAUUUGUUGACGGCAUUCGAGCUACUCCACGAGCUUCUAGACGAUGGCCGUGACGCCCAGGCUAUUCGCCUCAAGGAGUUCUUCUCCGAUCCCUCUCAAUUCCCUCCCGAUCAGAUCUCUCGCUUCAAUACUCUUCGAGGUUCUCUCUCUCUCUCUCUCUCUCUCUCUCUCUCUCUUUCUAUCAGGAAGGAUUGCAUGACAUUGUUUGAUAAUGCAAUAAAAAAUAUGGGUUUAUUGAAUGGGGGGACAAUGGUGCUAUUGAAUGGAAGGUAUGAUAAACCUGAGGAAAUUUCACAGGAGUUGUUAAUGAGUCAUUUGAAUGAUGAUAAUCCUUUUGAAAACACUGGAAAUGUUUCCAAACAAAAUGGUGAACCACGAUCAGAAGAAAGCAGACUCCUAAAAUCAGACAAUUUAUCUGGUGAAGCUGUUUCUGAUAAUAUGGGCUUAGGAACCAUACAGAUCUUGGCAGAUGCCUUGCCUAAGAUUGUACCUUAUGUCUUGAUCAACCACCGUGAGGAGCUUCUUCCCCUGAUAAUGUGUGCGAUUGAGCGUCAUCCAGAUAGCAGCACUAGAGAUUCCUUGACCCACACAUUGUUUAAUCUAAUCAAACGCCCAGAUGAGCAACAGAGACGAAUUAUAAUGGAUGCAUGCGUUAGCCUUGCUAAGAAUGUUGGUGAGAUGAGAACUGAAACAGAAUUGCUUCCCCAGUGCUGGGAACAAAUAAAUCACAUGUAUGAGGAACGUAGGUUGCUUGUUGCUCAAUCAUGUGGAUUGCUUGCAGAAUUUGUCCGGCCUGAGAUUCGUGAUUCUCUUAUUUUGUCCAUUGUGCAACAAUUGAUAGAAGAUUCUGCAACUGUUGUCCGGGAGGCUGCUGCUCAUAAUCUGGCAUUGCUGCUUCCGCUCUUUCCAAAUGUGGACAAAUAUUUCAAGGUGGAGGAGCUCAUGUUCCAAUUGGUCUGCGAUCCUUCUGGAGUAGUGGUGGAAACUACACUCAAAGAAUUGCUUCCUGCAGUGAUAAAUUGGGGAAACAAAUUGGACCACAUUUUGAGAGUUUUACUCUCUCACAUCUUGAGCUCUGCUCAGCGCUGUCCACCUCUUUCGGGGGUUGAAGGGUCUGUGGAGUCACAUCUUCGUGUUUUAGGAGAACGAGAGCGCUGGAAUGUUGACGUUUUACUAAGAAUGCUCAUAGAAUUGCUUCCUUAUGUGCACCAGAAAGCAGUUGAGACAUGCCCAUUUUCUUCUGUUCCUGAAACAAUGGGCAAACAAUUUUCAACCUCCUUGCUUGAGUUGUAUGCGGGGGGACAUGUUGAAUGGCCUGCAUUUGAAUGGAUGCAUGUCGACUGCCUUCCUGAUUUGAUUCAGCUUGCGUGCUUGUUACCUCAGAAAGAAGAUAGUUUACGAAAUCGAACUACAAAGUUUUUGCUGGCUCUAUCUGAACAUCUUGGGGAUUCGUAUCUUACACAUAUAAUGCUGCCUGUAUUCUUGGUAGCAGUUGGGGAUAAUGCUGAUUUGACAUUUUUCCCUUCCACCAUCCAAUCUAGAAUAAAGGGUUUGAGGCCAAGAACUGCUGUGGCCGAGAAGCUAGCUACUCUGUGUGUCCUACCACUACUCUUGGCAGGUGUUCUGGGUGCUCCUAACAAGCAUGGACAAUUAGCAGAGUACUUGAGAAAGUUGUUAGUUGAAGGUAGCAUGAAGGAAAGUCAGCCAACAAAGCGUAAUGAGAUUGUUGAUGCUGUCCGUUUCCUCUGCACAUUUGAAGAACAUCAUGGUAUGAUAUUUAAUAUUCUAUGGGAAAUGGUUGUCAGCUCCAACGUAAAUAUGAAAAUCAGUGCUGCCAAUUUGUUGAAAGCCAUUGUACCAUAUAACGAUGCAAAAGUUGCUUCUACUCAUGUUUUGCCUGCCCUAAUUACUUUGGGCUCUGACCAAAACCUGAAUGUGAAGUACGCAAGCAUAGAUGCAUUUGGAGCUGUGGCCCAGCAUUUUAAAAAUGAUAUGAUUGUUGAUAAGAUACGUGUACAAAUGGAUGCUUUUCUUGAAGAUGGAUCUCAUGAAGCUACUGUUGCUGUGGUUCAUGCAUUGGUGGUUGCUGUACCACACACAACGGAAAGAUUACGAGAUUAUCUUUUGUCCAAGAUUUUCCAGCUCUCAGCUACGCCAACUUCUGCAAGUGACGUGAUGCGCCGCCGUGAAAAAGCCAAUGCAUUUUGUGAGGCAAUCCGUGCUCUAGAUACUACAGAUCUUCCUGCAACUAGUGUUAGAGACUUCCUCCUACCUGCAAUUCAGAACCUAUUAAAAGACUCAGAUGCACUGGAUCCAGCACACAAGGAAGCCCUCGAAAUCAUGAUGAAGGAAAGAUCUGGUGGAACUUUUGAGACAAUUAGUAAGGUGAUGGGUGCUCAUCUUGGGCUUGCCUCGUCAGUGAGCAGUUUCUUUGGUGAGGGUGGGCUGUUGGGCAAGAAAGAAAACGCAGAGCCACCGCCACCAGAGCCUGUUGAGUCACCAAAGCCAGUGUCACCUAUGCCAGCAGACGACACUAGAUUCAUGCGUAUCAUGAGGGGCAAUUUCACAGACAUGCUUAGGACUAAAGCAAAGAGCCCAGAGGAAACUCAGAACCAAUGAAGUUGGAAUUUCCCCUAUAAAUGGCUAUGGAGAGAAUUUUUGUUUUUUAAUCUCCUAAUAUGUCAGGUAAAGUGGUUGUUCCCUGUUUAUGAGGUCGCGAUUUGCUGAAAGACAAACUUCCUUUUAUUACUUAAUUCUUUUGUUGGUGUGUUUUUUAGGAAAUAUUCUUUUCUUUUGUUGGUUUCAUAAGCAAAAGGAAAUAAAAGAGAGAGAGAGAGAGA